AUGGCUGCUGCUGCCAUAUCUCUAGGGAUUCCUGAGAAAUUCCAACAUAUUUUGUGAGUCCACACCAGUAUCAAUGGGUGGCAGAAAAUAGCCCUUGACAUCAUGGCAGUUAAAAGUGCGGUGUUGAGGAAAGCAAACAUCAACCUCACCAAGAGGACAGGAGAGUUCACUGAGGAUGAGGUGGAAUACAUGACCACCAUUAUGCAGAAUCUAUGCCAGUACAAGAUUCUAAUCUGGUUCUUGAACAGACAGAUGGACAUGAAGAAUGGACAAUACAGCCAAGUUCUGGCCAGUGGUCUGGACAACAAGCUUUGUGAAGACCUGGAGCAGAUGAAGAAAAUUCAGGUCCACAGAGGGCUGCAUCACUUCUGGGGUCUUUGUGUUCAAAGCCAGCACAUCAAGUCCACAAGCCACCAGGGUGACACUGUAGAUGUGACCAAGAAGAAAUGA